CAGGCUCGCGCUUCCGCUUUUAUAUGAUGAAAUUUUAACGAGUCUGAAUUGAAUUCUCUCACUAUUAGAGACGCAGAAUUACAUCUCUUCGUAAACAACGAUAUCAACACAAACUUCAUCAACAACAUUUUCUUACUGGACUGUAAAUAAAUUACGCUACAAACCGAUAGAACUUUAAAAGUGCGCGCGCGACCAUUUAUUUUCCACCAGUUUCCUCUUCCGCUGUUCAGCUUUGUGUGACAAACUCAGUGAUGUCGUUUUCCGGUGAAGACAGUCGGGAUCGGCACUCCCGCAUCCACGCUCGGAGUUCUCCAGGAUUCCUUGAGCGUCUGGGAGAAACGAUGGGGGGGAUGGUGGUGGGUGUGGUCAUCUUCUGUUUCUCAUUCUACGUGCUCUUCACUAAUGAGGGCAGAGCGAUUCGCACCUCAUCCUCUCUGGAUGAAGGACUCUCCAAAGUCAUGACUCUUCACCCAGACACUUCUGUUGACCCCCAGAACAACGGGCACCUCGUUCACCUCUCAGCCUCUCUGCACACGGCUCAGCCUCUUUAUGAUCCAAACUACAGGGUUGCGGUUCAGGCGGUGAAGCUAAAGAGGAAUGUCGAGAUGUACCAGUGGGUGGAGUAUCAGGAGUCACGGGACUACCAAGAGAACGGAGAAUCUAAAACAGAGACCACGUACUCAUACAACACAGAGUGGAAGUCUGAGAUCAUCAACAGCAGACAUUUUGAUAAGGAGAUCGGACAUGUCAAUCCCAGUGCGAAGGCGGUGGAGAGUGUCACUGUCGUCGCUCCUGACGUGUGGGUCGGCCAUUUUUCUCUCUCAAAGGGCCUAAUUGAUCAGAUUAAUAAUUUCCAGACUCUGAGUCUGAAUGCACUUCCAUUUAUUGACCCGUUUCUCACAGUGUACCAAGAUUAUUUCUACCACACCGCCAACCCACGGAGGCCAGAGGUAGGAGACGUGCGUGUGAGCUUCUCCUAUGCCGGACUUAGUGGUGAAGGCUCGUUCCCUGGACCAGCACAGAAAGUGAGUGUGGUGGCGAUGCAGAAAGAAGACAAACUGAUGCCUUUUAAGACUAAAUCAGGAGACACGCUGGAGAUCCUUUACCUGGAGGAGCUCACACCAGAGGAGGUCUUUGCUCGAGAACAGCAUUAUAACGUGAUGAAGACGUGGGCUCUGAGAGCGGGUGGUUGGCUCCUCAUGUUCAUCGGGAUCAAUCUGACUAUGCGCAUCUUUUACACUCUUGUGGACUGGGUCCCUGUCCUGAGAGAGCUGGUGUCUGUGGGUGUGAAACUCUUUGCGAUGUGUGUGUCCUGCUCGCUCUCUCUCCUCACCAUCUCCCUCGGCUGGCUGUUUUAUCGCCCCCUGGUGGGCACACUGAUUGCUGCAGUUGCCCUUCUGCCCAUCCUCAUCGCACACGCUCGUAAAGCCGAGAAAAAACAUCAGUGACAACUAAUAGACAGUGGACGGUGAAUUCACAUACAACUUCAACUACUGCUGCUCAUCUCUCACACACACACACACACACACAAAAUAUACAGAACACAGCACUAUGGUGACUUGAAAUACAACAGGAGUGUGAAUUCGUGAUUCUGGAAUACUCUGUUCUGGACUGAUGUUAAAAGCCAAAGCUAAACACAUCUCAGUCAUAUGUAUUAUGUUCAUUUUUUUAAAGAUACACAGUUACAGUUAAAUCUCUCUCAGCACCAGCUCACUCAGGCAAUUUUGCUCAUUUAUAAGCUAAAAAUUAAUUGCAGGUAAGUUCCUGUGGUUUGGAACAAUAAAACCUGGGGACGUGCUGUUAGAGGAACACGACGAGCUUCGGCGUUUGAACAGUAACAGCGCUUGGCAUCAGGCUGCACCACGUCACCUCACUGCUAAUUUAUUUAUUUUUAGCUUUGUAGCAUCCGUUGUAUUCCUUCUGUUUGACCGAUCAGAAUCCAGCUGUACUGAGGUGUAAAGUGUGUCUAAGUUAAUAUUGCAAUACAAACUGUGCCAUUAGCUAUGAUUAUUCCUUCAUCUGAUUGACUUUAUUUCCUUCUAAAGAAAGUUAUAUGAUGUUUUGGGUAUGAAAAUUAAAAACAUUCAACCCCUUUUUAUUUGGAUACCGGAUUGGCUUCAAAUGUUCAUGAUGCAAUAACGCUUGUCUGUCAUGUGUUGUGAAAAGAAAUUAAAAUCUUUAAGAUUGUUGUCAUGCUACAGUGACCUUUUCCCAAGUCAGUUUCCCCUUAAAUGCGUUUAAGAUGCUUUUGAGAAAAAAUGUUGGCAUGGCAAUUAAAUGAAAGGCGAGAAAGACGCUCGUGAGUUUCUAAAAAGUUUUUCUUUAAUAGACAAAGAUACCAAAUUAGGUUUCUGUUUGUUUUGAAAGAAAGAGAAAAAAGAAACCAAAAUAAAAAAACAAAACAAAAAAAUAAAUGUUUCAAGUCUUGUCCAAGUGUAUGCAUUUCAGAAACCACACAAACUGUUGUGUCUUUUCUGUACUGCACAUUGGUCCUGAUCUUUUUUUCUUCAUUGCAUAUUCAUAAUCCAAAAUAACUGCAUGGGCUAUCGGUCACAGUGAAACAUCACCGAUACAAACACCUAGCAAAUACACAACUCCAACGUUUCUCCGUUUACCGUUGGCUCGGCACGAGUUUAUAUGGCGAAUUUAAUAAGGGGGGUGUGUGUGUGUGUGUGUGUGUGUAAAAGUACAAUAGAACAGCAUAGCUCCUGAUCUGCCUCUUUAAAUACUGACAAAAAACAAAACUUUCCGUUACUGGUUUCGCUUAAAAGACGUAAUUU